AUUCCAUAUCUAGCUACAUAUGACGCAGAAUUCUCCUUCAUCAGUAUUGAUCAGGGAACUUCCAUGCUCUUCCAUCUGCGGCCGAACGGGUGGCCUGAGUUUAAGGAUUCAUCAACUAUGACUACAGGCGCCACAAUACGCACGUUCAUGGACAUGGACUCCAUGCAAAUAUCGGCUGCAGCUUUCAUCGUGGAGAUACAUGGCAAAUUUUCGACAUCGAAAAGGAUUGAUUUGAUGGAAGAAUUCCCGCAAUCUAGAUCUUCGGUUACCGUCGCUAUUUUAGCCGUAGUGGGUCGCCAUCAGUCCGGAUACAGUGCAUCAACGUGA